UUUCGCUUUUCCCCAAGGCGGCGGAGUUCCCGGCGCUGCGCUGCGGCUGGGCAGGCCAGGCUGAGGCUGGGCCGGGACAAGUCGCAGUCGCCUUCUGGGCGCGGUUGGAGGCCGAGGGCUGGGCCUGCAGCAGAGGCAGCCCUGAGAGCAGCAACCUUCCAGGCUCGCCCCGCAGUCCCCGCCACACCAUGGCCAGUGGCGGCUCGCAGAGCUGCGAGGAGGAAGAGGAGGAGGAGGCUCUGAAGAAGUUGAUAGUCAGGCUGAAUAAUGUCCAGGAAGGCAAGCAGAUGGACACGUUACUCCAGCUCCUGGAGGACAUGCUGGUGUUCACCUACUCCGACAGAGCCUCCAAGUUGUUUGAAGGUAAAAAUUUCCACGUGCCUCUGUUGAUCGUCCUGGACUCCUACAUGAGAGUCGCCAGCGUGCAGCAGGUGGGAUGGUCACUUCUGUGCAAAUUAAUAGAAGUCUGUCCAGGGACCCUGCCGAGCUUAAUAGGACCCCAGGAUAUUGGAAAUGAUUGGGAAGUCCUUGGUAUUCAUCGACUGAUUCUUAAAAUGUUGACUGUUCACCAAACCAAUGUAAACCUGUCAACAGUCGGUCUAAAAGCCUUAGAUCUCCUCCUAGAUUCAGGUAAAAUCACUUUGCUAAUACUGGAUGAAGAAUGUGAUGUUUUCUUGCUAAUUUUUGAUGCCAUGCACAAAUAUUCAACCAAUGAUGAAGUUCAGAAACUUGGAUGCAAGACUUUACAUGUGCUGUUUGAGAGAGUGUCAGAGGAACAGCUGAUUGAGUUUGUUGAGAACAAAGAUUACAUGAUACUACUGAGCACCCUUAGCAGCUUCAAAGGGGACCAGGAAAUCGUGUUUCAUGUGCUCUGCUGCCUUCAUUCCCUGGCGGUUCCUUGCAGCAAUGUUGAAGUCCUCAUGAGUGGGAAUGUCAGGUGUUACAAUAUUGUGGUAGAAGCCAUGAAAGCAUUCCCUGCCGAUGAGAAAAUUCAAGAAGUGAGCUGCUCCUUGCUCCAUAGGCUAACAUUAGGUAAUUUCUUCAACAUCUUGGUGUUGAACGAAGUACAUGUCUUUGUGGUGAGAGCUGUCCAGCAGUAUCCAGAGAAUGCAGCCUUGCAAAUCUCUGCCCUCAGCUGUUUAGCACUCCUCACUGAGACCAUUUUCUUAAACCAAGACUUGGAGGAAAGAAGUGAACCUCAGGAGAGCAACGAUGAGGAGGACCCUGAGAAGCUGUUCUGGUUGGAACCCUGCUACAAAGCCCUGACGCGCCAUAGAAAGAACAAGCAUGUGCAGGAGGCCGCGUGCUGGGCACUAAAUAAUCUCCUUAUGUACCAGAACAGUUUGCACGAGAAGAUUGGAGACGAAGAUGGCCAGUUCCCUGCACACAGGGAAGUGAUGCUGUCCAUGCUGAUGCAUUCUUCCUCCAAAGAUGUCUUCCAAGCAGCUGCGCAUGCACUCUCCACGCUCCUGGAACAGAAUGUUAAUUUUAGAAGAAUCCUGCUGGCAAAAGGAGUAUACCUGAAUGUCUUGGAGUUGAUGCAGAAGCACGCCCUUGUUCCCGAGGUGGCAGAGAGUGGCUGCAAGAUGCUGAGUCACCUGUUUGAAGGAAGUAACAUUUCCCUGGACACAAUGGCCGCAGUGGUCCCUCGAAUAAUAGCAGUGAUGAAAACCCACGAGACUUCUCUGUCAGUGCAGCUGGAGGCACUGCGAGCCAUUCUGCAUUUUGUAGUUCCAGGAAUACCAGAAGAAUCCAGGGAUGACUCUCAAUGCAAACUCAACAUGCUCCAGAAACAGCAUCUCAAGACUGACAUCCACGAGCUAGUUCUAGCAGCUCUGAACAGGUUCCUUGGGAAUCCUGGGGUUCAGAAAUGUGGACUGAAAGUAUUAUCUUCUCUGACACAUCUUCCUGACGCCUUAGAGAUGUUGUCCUUGCAUGGCACAGUUGACUCCGUGCUUCACGCCCUGCAGAUGUAUCCAGAUGACCAAGAAAUUCAAUGCCUGGGCUUACACCUUACAGGAUGCUUGAUUACAAAGAAGAAUUUCUGCAUACGGACAGGGCACCUCCUGGCAAAAAUUCUGGUAUCCAGUUUACAGCGCUUUCAAGAUGUUCCUGAAGUGCAAACUACGGGAUUGCAGACAAUCUUGGCAAUCCUUGAAUUGUCAGCGUCUUUCUCCAAGGUUCUGGUGCACUACUCAUUUGAUUUGGUAAUAUUCCAUCAGAUGUCCUCCAGCGUGAUGGAGCAAAAGGAUGAGCAGUUUCUCAAUCUGUGUUGCAAAUGUUUUGCAAAGCUGGCUGUGGAUGAUGAGCUGAAAAGCACAAUGCUAGAGAGAGCCUGUGAUCAGAAUAACAGCAUCAUGGUGGAAUGUUUGCUUCUGUUGGGAGCUGAUGCCAACCAAUCAAAGGGGGCGACGUCUCUAAUUUAUCAGGUAUGUGAGAAAGAGAAUAGUCCAAAAUUAGUGGAACUGUUGCUUAACGGUGGAUGCCGUGAACAGGAUGUACGAAAAGCACUGACAGUAAGCAUCCAAAAGGGCGACAGCCAGGUCAUCAGCUUGCUCCUAAGGAGGCUUGCCCUGGACCUGGCCAACAACAGUAUUUGCCUUGGAGGAUUUUGCAUAAGGAAAAUUGAUCCUUCUUGGCUUGGUCCUUUAUUUCCAGAUAAGUCAUCUAAUUUAAGGAAACAAACAAACACAGGAUCUGUCCUAGCAAGAAAAGUGCUCCGAUAUCAGAUGAAAAACACUCUGCAAGAAGGAGCAACUUCAGGCAGUGAUGGCAACUUUUCUGAAGAUGCCCUGGCGAAAUUUGGUGAAUGGACCUUCAUUCCUGACUCUUCCAUGGACAGCGUGUUUGGCCACAGUGAUGAUUUGGAUAGCGAAGGCAGUGAGAACUCAGUUCUCAUGAAAAAGAAGUCGAAUUCGAUUAGUGUAGGAGAAUUUUAUAGAGAUCCGGCUUUGCAGCGUUGCUCAGCAAAUUCUCAGAGGCAUUCCAGUUCCUUGGGUCCCGUUUUGGAUCAUGAAGAUUUACUGAGAAGAAAAAGAAAAAUACUUUCUUCAGAUGAGUGUCUCAGGUCAUCGAAGCUUCAGCCUCACAUGAGACAUUCAGAUAGUUCCUCUUCCCUGGCCUCUGAGAGAGAAUACAUCACAUCCUUAGACCUUUCCGCCAACGAACUGAAAGAUAUUGAUGCCCUGAGCCAGAAGUGCUGUCUCAGUGGCCACCUGGAGCAUCUCACCAAGCUGGAACUUCACCAGAAUGCGCUCACUGGCUUCCCUCAGCAGCUGUGUGAGACUCUGAAGUGCUUGACGCAUUUGGAUUUGCACAGCAACAAAUUCACAUCUUUCCCCUCCUUCUUGUUGAAAAUGGCAUGCAUCACCAACCUCGAUGCCUCUCGAAAUGACAUUGGACCCACAGUAGUUUUAGACCCCCUGGUGAAGUGUCCCAGCCUCAAACACUUUAACCUGUCCUACAACCAGCUCUCUUCCAUCCCGGAGAACCUCGCCCAAGUGGUGGAGAAACUGGAACAGCUCCUGUUGGAAGGAAACAAAAUAUCUGGGAUUUGUUCUCCCUUGAGCCUGAAGGAAUUGAAGAUGUUAAAUCUUAGUAAAAACCAUAUUCCAUCCCUACCUGAAGACUUUCUUGAGGCUUGUCCAAAAGUGGAGACUUUCAGUGCCCAGAUGAAUUCUCUUGCUGCGAUGCCUGCCUUACCUUUUUCCAUAACGAGUCUAAAAUUAUCUCAAAACAGUUUCACGUGCAUUCCAGAAGCGAUUUUCAUUCUUCCACACUUGCGGUCCUUGGACAUGAGCCACAACAGCAUUGAGCACCUGCCGGGGCCUGCACACUGGGCAUCUCUGAACUUAAGGGAACUCUUCUUUAGCCACAAUCAGAUCAGCAUCUUGGACCUGAGUGAAAAGCCACACGUGUGGUCAAGAUUAGAGAAACUGCAUCUCUCUCAUAAUAAACUGAAUGAGAUUCCUCCUGAAAUCGGCUGUCUUGAAAACCUGACAUCUCUUGAUGUCAGUUACAACGUGGAACUGAGGUCCUUUCCCAAUGAAAUGGGGAAAUUAAGCAAAAUAUGGGAUCUUCCUUUGGAUGGACUGCAUCUGAAUUUUGACUUUAAGCACAUAGGAUGCAAAGCCAAAGACAUCAUAAGGUUUCUCCAACAACGGCUGAAAAAGGCAGUGCCCUACAACCGAAUGAAGCUUAUGAUUGUGGGAAAUACUGGCAGCGGCAAGACCACGCUGCUGCAGCAGCUCAUGAAAAUAAAGAAGUCAGAUCUUGGCAUGCAGAGCGCCACAGUUGGCAUAGACGUCAGAGAUUGGCCUAUCCAAAUACGAGGCAAAAGGAAAAAGGACCUUGUUCUAAAUGUGUGGGACUUUGCAGGUCGUGAGGAAUUCUACAGCACGCACCCCCACUUCAUGACCCAGCGAGCUCUGUACCUUGCUGUGUAUGACCUCAGCAAGGGGCAGGCAGAGGUGGACGCCAUGAAGCCCUGGCUCUUCAACAUCAAGGCCCGUGCCUCUUCUUCUCCCGUGAUUCUGGUGGGCACACAUUUGGAUGUUUCUGAUGAGAAGCAGCGCAAAGCCUGCAUAAGCAAAAUCACCAAGGAACUCCUAAACAAGCGAGGAUUCCCCACCAUCCGGGACUACCACUUCGUAAAUGCCACCGAGGAGUCGGAUGCGCUGGCAAAGCUUCGGAAAACCAUCAUAAAUGAGAGCCUUAAUUUCAAGAUCCGAGAUCAGCCUGUGGUUGGGCAGCUGAUUCCAGAUUGCUACGUGGAACUGGAGAAGAUCAUCCUGUCGGAGCGCAGGGCUGUGCCGGUGGAGUUUCCUGUCAUUAACCGGAAGCGUCUCUUACAACUCGUGCGAGAACACCAGCUGCAGCUUGAUGAGAACGAACUCCCACACGCCGUUCAUUUCCUAAACGAGUCAGGAGUCCUUCUGCAUUUUCAAGACCCUGCACUGCAGCUAAGCGACCUGUAUUUUGUGGAACCCAAGUGGCUUUGUAAAGUCAUGGCUCAGAUUCUGACAGUGAAAGUGGAGGGCUGUCUGAAACAUCCAAAGGGCAUCAUUUCACGGAGAGACGUAGAAAAAUUCCUUUCAAAGAAAAAGCGAUUCCCAAAAAACUACAUGUCACAGUACUUCAAACUGCUAGAAAAAUUCCAGAUUGCUUUGCCAACAGGAGAAGAGUAUCUGCUGGUUCCAAGCAGCUUAUCUGACCACAGGCCUGUGGUAGAGCUCCCCCACUGUGAGAAUUCUGAGAUCAUCAUUCGGUUAUAUGAAAUGCCAUACUUUCCAAUGGGGUUUUGGUCAAGAUUGAUUAAUCGGUUACUUGAAAUCUCACCUUUCAUGCUUUCUGGAAGAGAGAGAGCACUACGCCCAAACAGAACGUAUUGGCGACAUGGCAUCUACCUGAAUUGGUCCCCAGAAGCAUAUUGUCUGGUGGGAUCCGAAGUGUUAGACGAUCGACCAGAGAGUUUCUUGAAAAUUACAGUUCCUUCUUGUAGAAAAGGUUGUAUUCUCUUGGGCCAAGUUGUGGAUCACAUCGACUCACUCAUGGAAGAAUGGUUUCCUGGGCUGCUGGAGAUUGACAUUUGUGGGGAAGGAGAAACUCUUCUGAAGAAAUGGGCGUUGUACAGUUUUAACGAUGGCGAAGAUCAUCAGAAGAUCUUGCUUGAUGAGUUAAUGAAGAAAGCAGAAGAAGUUUCCUUCUCAAAAGGUGAUGGAAGUUUUGGAUCAGUUUAUCGAGCUGCCUACGAAGGGGAGGAAGUGGCUGUGAAGAUUUUUAAUAAACAUACAUCCCUUAGGCUGUUAAGACAAGAGUUGGUGGUCCUUUGCCACCUCCACCACCCAAGCCUGAUAUCUUUGCUGGCAGCUGGGAUUCGUCCUCGGAUGUUGGUGAUGGAACUGGCCUCCAAGGGUUCCUUGGAUCGCUUGCUGCAGCAGGACAAAGGCAGUCUCACCAGAACCCUCCAGCACAGGAUUGCCUUGCAUGUGGCCGAUGGCCUGAGAUAUCUCCACUCAGCCAUGAUCAUUUACCGUGACCUGAAACCCCACAAUGUGUUGCUUUUCACCCUCUAUCCCAACGCUGCCAUCAUUGCCAAGAUUGCCGACUACGGGAUUGCACAGUACUGCUGUAGAAUGGGAAUAAAGACCUCAGAGGGCACCCCCGGGUUCCGGGCACCUGAGGUUGCCAGAGGAAAUGUCAUUUAUAACCAACAGGCUGAUGUUUAUUCUUUCGGCUUACUGCUUUACGACAUUUGGACAACUGGGGGUAGAAUCAUAGAGGGCUUGAGGUUUCCAAAUGAGUUUGAUGAAUUAGCAAUACAAGGGAAAUUGCCAGAUCCAGUUAAAGAAUAUGGCUGUGCCCCAUGGCCUAUGGUUGAGAAGUUGAUUAAAAAGUGUUUGAAAGAAAAUCCUCAAGAAAGGCCCACUUCUGCUCAGGUCUUUGACAUUUUGAAUUCGCCUGAAUUAAUUUGUCUCAUGCUGCACAUUUUAAUACCGAAGAACAUUGUUGUUGAAUGCAUGGUUGCUACAAUUCCCAAUAGCAAGAGUGCAACUCUCUGGUUGGGCUGUGGGAACACUGAAAAGGGGCAGCUGUCCUUCUUUGACUUAAACACGGAAAGAUACAGCUAUGAGGAAGUUACUGAUAGUAGAAUAUUGUGUCUGGCUUUGGUGCAUCUCCCUGCUGAGAAAGAGAGCUGGGUGGUGUGCGGCACACAGUCUGGGGAUCUCCUGGUCAUCAAUGCUGAAGACGAGACAAAGAGGCACACCCUUGAAAAGAUGACUGACUCUGUUACUUGCUUGUAUUGCAAUUCCUUCGCCAAGCAGAGCAAGCAAAGUAAUUUUCUUUUGGUGGGAACCGCUGAUGGUAAUCUAGUGAUAUUUGAAGAUAACACCAUUAAGUGUAAAGGAGCUGCCCCCUUGAAGACACUACGCAUAGGCGAUGUCAGUACGCCCCUAAUGUGCUUGAGUGUGUCCAUGAACUCAUCCGAAAGGCACAUCACCUGGGGAGGGUGUGGCACAAAGAUCUUCUCAUUUUCCAGUGAUUUCACCUUUCAGAAACUCAUAGAGACAAGAACCAACCAGCUCUUUUCGUACGCAGCUUUCAGCGAUUCUAACAUCAUAGCGGUGGCAGUGGACGCGGCUCUCUUUAUUGCCAAGAAGAACAGCCCCGUGGUGGAGGUGUGGGACAAGAAAACGGAGAAGCUCUGUGAAUUGAUUGACUGCGUGCACUUCUUAAAAGAGGUGAUGGUCAAAGUAAACAAGGAGUCAAAACACAAGCUGUCCUACUCGGGGAGGGUGAAAGCGCUCUGCCUGCAGAAGAACACGGCUCUCUGGAUAGGAACUGGAGGAGGCCACAUUUUGCUCCUGGACCUUUCUACCCGACGAGUGAUACGCACCAUUCACAACUUCUGUGACUCUGUGAGAGCCAUGACCAUGGCACAGCUAGGCAACCUUAAAAAUGUCAUGCUGGUUUUGGGGUACAAAAGGAAGAAUACAGAAGGUGCCCAAGAACAAAAAGAAAUACAGUCUUGCUUGUCUAUUUGGGACAUCAAUCUUCCACACGAAGUACAAAAUUUAGAAAAACACAUUGAAGUGAGAACAGAAUUAGCUGACAAAAUGAGAAGAAUAUCCGUUGACUAGGAGAUACCAGACACCCCUGCCAUGGGAUUGGAAAAUGGACCUCUUGAUUUUAAAAUAUAUUUUUAAAAUGUUUACAUUGAAAAGUAUAUCCUAUUCUUUGAAAAACUCAUAUGUAUAUGAAGGAAUGUGUAUGUUUUAUGCUUAAUUUAAUAUAUGUAAAAUAUUUAUCAGCAAACGUGUCUUAAAGAACUAUUUAAUUUAGUACUAUAUUUUCUAUAUGCUUUAACUAAUUUGAUGGGAUAAUCAACAGAAAUCUACAAAGUAUUUAAUUUCAGUAUUUAUACUAAAAUUUAUAAGGCAGCCAGGUUUGUUUUGCUAUGCAAUAUGAAGAUAAAUCUAUUUUAAAUUGUUGCUUAAGAUGUGGAUGUUGCUUGUUUACUAUCUAUGGAUUCUGUAGAGUCGAAUAAAAACAUCCGGGCAGCUUCCCAUGUAAUAGAUACUUUCAUAUCUUGUUUUUAAGUGCAUUCUCAUCUUAAUUGUAAAUUGCCAGAUUUUUCAGUAAUAAAGAUUUUUGCUAGGUCAAGAAUGA